AUGCGGAUCGAAAUCAGGCACUCUUCUUUUCCCUUCACCCCCUUGCGCAACCCAUUAUUGCACUACAUAUCCCCUCCUGAGCGUCCUUGCACAUCUGCUUCGCUCCUUGAUCUCCAGCUGCAUUUUCCAUCUCGACUCUUUUUCAGGUUUCUCCUGACCGACGGUCACCAUGGGCAAAGACAAUACGAACUCCACACCUUCUGUGUGGCCGAGGCGCGCGGGCUAGAAUGUUAUCCGCAAGCGCCUUGGAGUUGGCCACCCUUCCCAACCUCGAGAUUUCCGUGGUUUCCUUCCAUUCCUCGACUUCCCCCUUCUGAUCCCCCUUCCCAACCGAUAUUCCAACCCACUCCCCAAAUUAAUCCUUCUCCUCGUCGCUACGCCUCCCUCGCAGAACUACACGACAAAUCCAUGCGUGCUCAUCCCCUCUUGUUGGCGGCUGCUCCUUGGUUCUGCGAUCUUGGCGUUCUCGACAGCGUUAAUAUCGAAAAUAAAUUUGCUAACGGCGCUGGUAUAUUACCCGGUCACCUUCCCCUUGUGGGCAUCCAUUCCUACGAUUGGCGAGCCGGCAUUGCGGUUCCUCCUUCUAUUUUGCGCGGCUCCUCCCCUCACGGCUUUCAUACACUCUCCGCGCGGUUUAUAUCUGCUGUCUGCGAUCGCCUCGAAUUACCACUGACCGACGGUCUCAUACCUGCAAGUUAUUUUUGUGACACCUGGCAGUACCGUACGGAAGGAGAGCGAUCUUACUUAGACAGCAUGAUCAACUGGACCGCCAGGGAUCCCGUAAGAGACGCAAAUCGCCUUUGGUAUAACCAACGGACUGCCACCAACGAAGCCAUGUUCUGGACGCGAGCCAUCAUUCCGGAAAAUUUCCGUCAUCUCAAACGUGAGAACCUUCCCUUCUUCCAACAUACUGUACGAGCGGAGCGUCGUCUCCGUUCGGACACCGGCUACUUCGUAGCAUACCACAUGCUAGAGGCGCGAGAAAUUGCGCGAGACCAUUACACAAAUCGUUAUCAAAAAAUCCCUUCCUGGUGGGGACAGUUCGAAGUGUGUCAGGGUUUUUGGGCAGAGCUUGGUCCUGUGCUCGCUUAUUACGGGAGGUAUCUUUCCGAUCCGCGGCACGGGCUUUGGGUCGUAUUCCUCACCGAAUGGUGUGUUAAAGUGGCAGCGACAUUACUCUGGGAAACCUAUGAAUGCUGGCGUCUUUGGUUUCUGCCUCUCAAACUCAUCGAACUCAUGGGAUUGCUCGAUUUCACAGUCCCUCUGGGCGGUGCGGAUGUUGAUAGCGAAGUCCAUUCGCUGCUCGAAAAAAUAGAGAGCGUGAGCUGGGACGCGAUUCCGUGUCAAAAUUCUUCCCGCUCCUUCACGCACCAACACCCAUCAUUCUCCCCCGGACAGGCUCACUGUGCAGCAGGCGACUUUGCCUGGUUCAACCCGUGGUCAGGGUCCCUGUUUUCGGCGGCGGAGGCUCAGCUGAGCCGCCGAUUUGGGAAUCAAAUUCCCCUCCCCGUCACCGAACUGGUUAUACCUACAGACCCCCGAGUCUCCAAUAUCUGCACAAGGCCAUCACCACCUUCGUCUCUGCGUCCUCGCGUCACUCCCGCUACGUCUUCUGUAGCACCCGCGGCUCCUUCAACCUCCAUCGUGCAGCCGGUCUCACCAGCUGUGCCGUCAAUCCGCUUGAGGUCCCAGCUUGUCCAUCCUCCGCCAUCUCUCCCUGCACGCGCUCUCGCCCCGGCGCCCGCGCUGGAGAUCAGAUCUCCACGGCCAGAGGUCACUGAGAGCCUGUCCGUUCGUGCACUUCCCAAAAGCGGAGGGGAAUUAACCCCUCUUCUCCUCUCCCCAAAACGUGACCUCAAACCCGCGUCGCGUGAGGCGACUUCUCCUUCACCCAAAAAUUCCCAACGGGAUUGCCUAACUUCUGAGUCGUACGCUUCCCUCCUGCGGGCUCAUGGCCUGCGUCGUAACGAACUCUGA